UUCCUUCCGUACUAAAACAAGUCGACUUAUAUGUUUUGAAGAAAGUAUUGUUUAUAAUACCAUUCCAACAGAAUGGCGGUUAAUUAUAAAAAGAGCUCUCGUACUUAUGAAAAUGAACAGUUUGGCAGAAACGUAACUGUUGUUGAGGAUGAAGAUGAUGAUCAAGCUGAUUAUGAGAUGAUAGCCGAGUAUGCUGAUAAACCGCCAGAUGAAAAAAAGAAUGAGAACAAAUAUACAGAUUGGAAUGAACGUGGUUCGAAUACAGCUUCAAGCUCACGCAGCAAGGACACAUUAGGAAACAACGAGAUUGAGAACACAGAAGAUAUCGACUUACAAUUACCUACGAAACAAGUACUUGCGGAUGUAAAAGUAGUUAGAAGUAUACGGAGAGCUGCAUGUGCAGUAUUUGCAGUUGUAUGUGUUGUCUUACUGUUAGCUCUUGGUGUAGUACUGGGGUUAAUGCUAUCAAACAAGGAGUCUCCAUGUGCACAUGUACAGUGUCUUCAUAAUGGGAAUUGUUCUGUUUCCGAAGAUAAAGCAAUCUGUAACUGCCAUGAUGGGUUUUAUGGAUUGAAAUGUGAAGGUACACCAUGUGUUGACUAUAGGUGUGACAAUGAUGGAACGUGUUUUCUUGACGAGUUUCAGCCAAAAUGUGGAUGUAAAAAUGGAUUUUCGGGUGACAAGUGUACAAAACAGUAUAAUAUUUUCUUAUCAGAUACUCCAUGCGACAGAUACAGCUGUUCUAACGAUGGGACGUGUUUUAUUGAUCAAUUUCAGCCAAAAUGUGCGUGCAAAAAUGGAUUUACUGGUUACCAUUGCACAACAACACCAUGUUCGAGUUCACCAUGUGAACACGGUGGGACUUGUUCGGUGAUAGGUUCGAGUUUUUCUUGUGCCUGUUUAAACAGAUUUACAGGAUCACAAUGCGAAAUAACACCAUGUUCAAGAUCGCCAUGUGAACACGGUGGGACUUGUUCGGUGAUAGGUUCGAGUUUUUCUUGCGCAUGUCUUAACAGGUAUACAGGAUCACAAUGCGAAAAUACUCCAUGCGGCAGCUAUAACUGUAACAAUGGUGGGACGUGUUUUAUUGAUCAAUUUAAGCCAAAAUGUGCGUGCAAAAAUGGAUUUACUGGUGAUCAUUGUACAACAACACCAUGUUCAAGAUCACCAUGUGAACACGAUGGGACUUGUUCGGUGAAAGAUUCGGGGUUUACUUGUGCAUGUAAACACGGGUUUACAGGAUUGCAAUGCGAAAAUACUCCAUGCGUUAGCUAUACCUGUAAUAAUGGUGGAACGUGUUUUCUUGAUAAAUUUCAGCCAAAAUGUGCAUGUGAAAAUGGAUUUACUGGUGAUCACUGUAUAAUUACACCAAGAAACACCGUUGGGAAUUGUUCUAUGAGAGGUUCAAACGAUUCUUGCAUUUGCUUAAACGGAUUUGCUGGAUUACAUUGCGAAAUUUAUAUAGCUGACUUUGAAAACGGUCUUGAUUCCAUGUUUAUUCAAGACCUCGAUGACGAUAACAACUGGACAGUACAUUCGGGUUCAACGUCUAGUGAUAGUACUGGUCCUGAUGCAGCUUAUGAAGGCAAUUAAUACUUAUAUUUUGAGACAUCGGACCCGGUAAAAAAUGGAGCUGUCGCAAGAUUAGUAUCACGAGACUUUAUGUUCGAAUCGUCUGGGUGUCUGAAGUUUCACUACCACAUGCACGGUAUUGACAUGGGUACCUUAAAUGUAUACCAAGGAAGCAGACACAUUUGGAAUAAAACCGGAAACCAAGCAAAUCAAUGGGAACUUGCCGUACUUAACCUUCAGGCUAACAAUUUCAAUUGUUCAAAGAUAUAUUUUGAAGCUAUUUGUGGAACAGAUUACAAAAGUGAUAUCGCUAUAGACGACGUUGAAAUACAUCCAGCUAGAUGCUGAAAUGUUUUGAUAACACAGAACUAUAUAUUGUCAUCAAUAUAUAAUAAGUUAUGCUUGUAACAUCUACACCUUUUUGUGUAUGACAAAUGUUUGGUUUUUAGCCAGACUUCCGGUUUUAGAAAUUAAUUUGGGAAUGUUGUAAAUAUGACAACACAACAAAUGCAAAUGAACAGAAGAUAUGACCUAAUAUUAGAAUACUUUAAUUGUAAGUGACAUUGUCUUAAUCAAACUUGAACACGGUAAUUUUUGUUGAUGGUUUGGUUUCCAAUUUAAUGUAAUAACUAUACAUAAUUAGUAUUUCCCAGGCUAGAAUCAUGGAUAUCCCAGAGUUUUUAUACCCCCGCUUCAAAAAGGGGUAUACUGUUUUACCCCUAUCUGUCCGUCCGUCCUUCCAUCCGUCUGUCAGUCCGUCCGUCCAAUGAAUAUUUUUCGUCACAUUUCCUCAGAAAGUGCAAUACAAGGAUUUCUAAAAUUACGAACGCGUUGCUAAACACAUUUUCAUUGUCUUCAAUACAUAAAUAGAUAAAGACAUCAUUGUUGAAUAAGUUCUGGUUGAUUGUCUUGAUAAACUAUAACAGUUUGUCUUAAUGACAUAUUGAUUUAAUGUAUUUUGCAGGUUAUGUUUCAUUAAAUGUGUUUGCAAAUACUUACUAAUUAUGCUGCUUUCAUGUUAAAAAUUGUUGUGACGAUGUGUAACAAAUUUGAAUUUUGUGAGAAUAAUGAAGGCCUUCAAAAAAUGUUUAUCGAACAUUUGUAAAUGUUGACAAACAAGAGAACCGAGUAUAACGUGUGUUUAUCUUAUAUAAGAAACCAUGUGAUCAUAAUAUUGAAUGUAUAUAAAACUACUUUAUUCAUAAUAAAUGUGUA